ACUGUUUAUCAUUUACCAUAAUACAUAAUGCUAUAAGCUAGCUGUGGUCGCCCAUAAAUGAGAUUUUUAAGCUUUAAUUCCUAAAACAUUUAAAGGUCACUGCUAGCUUUCUUAGCAUGAUGGUUAGCCAAGGGGUUAGCUUUGUUGUGAAAAAUCUCAUGUUGGACUCGUUUACAACACAGCAACGAGUGCUGAGGUUACUGAGCAUAAUGUCAAGAUGGUAUUUGAGUUGUCUGUUACAAAUUGCUCUCGCAUUUAAACAAUUCUGUAUUUCUAUACCGCUAACCUUUUGUUUGGUUUUCUAUAUCGUUUCAUAUUUAAAAUAAAUACGCAGAGUAGCCAAAAUUGGUUCUCAAAGAAAUAACAUUUGCAACCAAAAUAAAUAUUCGAAAAGUUAGAGAGAUGAACUGGUAAAAUAACUACUCAGAUAAUGAUAAUCACCCAUUUAAAUGUAACAUGAUCUGAUUUAUUGUCUUAACUUCUGGAAUGAAAGAGACAUUAUUUCAAAUAUAUCCAAGUUAAAUGAUUAACACUUUCAAUUUGUAAAAGCUGUCAAAUAAUUUAGAUAUUUUCAUUUGGACAUGGUUACGUGUGACUUUCUAACUAACACUGCUAUUAAGGUGUUAGCAUCAAACUUUCUACUUUUUUGCUUUGACUUUACAACCAUUUGAUUUAAAACAAAAAUUUUGCAGGAAUAAAUCUAAACCCCUCUAUUCGUUUAAAACUAGCAGAUGUGGCAACAUACAUUUCAAAUGUAUAUAAGUAUGAGAUAUAUCACUAAUCAAAGCACAUAUUGAUCAACUCUGUUGAGAAGUGUGUCCAUUUUUUUGAUUGUAUUUUUACUUAAUUUUAGAGUGGUAACUUUAUCAUUGAAAUUAUUGCUGAUUAUUGCUGAUGUAUAUUUAUUGACCAUUUUAAUCAAUCAAUUAAUAGUACAGUUUAAUUUUGGUUUAAUUGCUUGAAAGAUACUCCGUCAACAGCAUUGUUUCUGUGAUUAAAACAUUAAAACAAAUGCAUAAUAAACACAUUUUUUAUCAUUUUUUUAACAGAGAAACCACCCUAAACUCCACAUUAAAUAUCUAUGUGGGCCAUUAGAGUCAUUCAUACUGUUAUUUUCUGAAAAUGUGCAUGUGUCUUUGUGUUAAUCUGCUUCUGAGGCUGCAGGGGGACUUUGAGGGAAUGGAUGGAUUUUCGGUGACAUUUACAGAGGCAGUGUGUCUCGGAACCAGCCUCACUUUGUCCGGAAUUUUCUACUACCUGCAUAAGAAGAAGAAGAAUGUUGUGGAUAAGCUUGAGAACGCUCCACACUUCACAAUAGAUGGAAAACUGAGAAACCUGUUAAAAGCCACUCCUGGAGAGGCUCUACAAUAUGCUGUCAUUGAAGGUUCGGUGAAACCUGCAGGCGAGCCUUUGAGGAGUAACUCCCACCAAGACAUUGUGGGAGUGUUGCAGAAAUUCACUUUGAAAGAACACAGACUAGUUUGGAGCGGCAUUUCACGCUCGUGGAUGGACACUGAACGGAUCUUGCACAAAAGAGUGAAUGUGACGCCAUUUUCUCUAGUUGGUCUGGAUGAGACGGCGGUGAGAGUGCUGAGUCCCCUGCAUGCAUCGGGGGAAAACACCGAAAUCAUAAAUGAGAAAUUCCACCAGCCCAGUUACAGUUUUGGGCAGCUUGUAGGACAGUACCUGAGCGGAGAGAAGCCUAAAGGACACCUGGAGAUUGAGGAAAUGCUCAAAGUGGGUACAACGCUUACAGGGAUCGGAGAGUUGAUACUGGACACGGAGGGUAAUCUGUGUCUUCGACCCCCCUCUGACAACUCGGAGUACUUCUUGAGCUUGGCAGACUUUGAAACGGUUUGCAAAGAGAAUUGUCUUGUAGCUUUUUGGUGGAAGGUGCUGGCAGCCACCUCUGCUUUGGCCGGGGCGGCCGUCCUCUUCUGGGUCGCUCUACGCUACUACAAACACCUAAAACGCCGCUGGGAGAUGGAGCAGGAAAGCCAAGAGUUUGCCAGGCUUCUGGCCGAGGCAGCCAGGCUCAGAGCUAAUGACGGCGGCGUCCCCCCAAAUGAGGCCAAUAAUCAUUCGUUUCCACCCAACGAAUGUGUGAUUUGCCUCACUCAACCACGAGACUGUAUCCUGCUGGAGUGUGGACACGUGUGCUGCUGCUUUGUCUGCUUCCAGUCCAUGCACCAACAGAAAUGUCCCAUCUGCAGGCAGGAUAUUGUCAGAGUGCUGCCUUUCUACCAGCCCUGAUUAAUCCGUCUGCGACUGUCUGACAAUGCACUUUUAUUUCGAAAAAUCUAUGACAAUUAAUGAUUUGUUAGAAUUUGUAAAUGAGAGGACAAUUAAAUUAUUUUUUAAAGUGUUACCAUUAAGCAAUACAUAUUUCUAUUUAAUGUGCCUUUGUCUGUACCUAAUGGGCUGCCUGAUGUCUCACAUUGGAAAUACUGUGGAGUAUUGAUCCGAUCAGGAGGCUGGAAGUUUCAGAAAAAACAGCCUCACUGUUCACUGUAAUGUGCUCAGCUAUUAAAUGGAAGAGUGUUUAAAAAAAA